AUGGCUUGGACAGCGCCCUCACUGCUGCCGACGGCUUGGGGCAAGGGCCAGAGCCGAAGCGCUGGUGCUGUGCGGUGGUAUUCUGGCAGUUCCGAGAACCAAGUGCCAGGCAGUCGGAUCUGGGGCUUUGACGAGAUCAAGGCGCUGGUUGAGAAGAAGGACUCCAAGGAAAAGGUCAUCAUCGUCGACGUCCGCGAACCCUCCGAGCUCCUUGACACUGGCAAGAUCCCCGGCGCCAUCAACAUCCCCAUCACCUCUGCCGUCCAGAGCUUCCACAUCUCCGACGAGGACUUUGAGGACAUGUACGGCUACAGCCGCCCGCCCAAGGAUGCCCCUCUGCUAUUCUACUGCAAGGCUGGCGUGCGUGCCAAGGCGGCUGCGGGCCUGGCGCAACAUGCUGGAUGGGAGAGUGUUGGCGAAUACCCGGGCAGUUGGCUCGACUGGGAUAAGAACAAGGGGCCGGUUGAGGUGGUUAAGCCGGGGAAGAAGGACAACUAG